AUCUUUUGAGGCGUAAUGGUACUUAUCUGGGAAAAUUUGAGACUAUGCCAAAACUGCCAAAGACAAGGACCCAGGAUUCAAAUGUCUUGAUACUGGAUGAGAGAAACUAUUCACCUGAGUUGCUGCUACAAACUCUUGACCAAGACUGCCGUAAAAUGACAGACGAGCAAAAAAAAGUAUAUGAUGAGAUACUUUCGGCUGUGGAUGAUGGAAUUGGUGGAAUGUUCUUUCUUGAUGGAUUUGGUGGUACUGGAAAAACAUUUCUCUGGAAAUUACUUUCUGCAACUAUUAGAAGUCGAGGUGAUAUUGUGUUAAAUGUUGCAUCCAGUGGCAUUGCUUCGUUGUUGUUGCAAGGUGGUAGGACAGCUCAUUCAAGAUUUGGGAUUCCACUAAAUCCCGAUGAAUUUUCCUCGUGUACUAUAUCGCAUGGAUCUGAUCAGGCUAAUUUAGUGAAGGAGUCUUCACUCAUUAUAUGGGACGAAGCACCAAUGAUGAGCAAGUUUUGUUUUGAAGCACUUGAUAGAAGCUUGUCUGAUAUCAUGGGUAACAAUAGUGUCAAUCCUUUUGGUGGAAAAGUAAUUGUUUUUGGGGGUGAUUUUAGGCAGGUUCUCCCUGUAAUUAAUGGAGCUGGAAGGGCCGAAAUUGUGUUGGCGGCGCUGAAUUCAUCAUAUCUUUGGGAACACUGCAAAGUGCUUAAACUCACAAAGAAUAUGCGAUUGUUAUCAGAUUGUUUGUCAGUUGAAGAAGCAAAGGAUCUUAAGGAGUUUUCAGAGUGGAUACUGAAAAUUGGGGAUGGAAAAGUUAACGAGCCUAAUGAUGGCGAAGCAGAGAUUGAAAUUCCUUCUCAGUUUUUGAUUACUGACGCGGACGAACCUAUAGAAGCAAUCAGCAAAGCUGUGUACGGUGAUUCUAUUUCCCUUCAAGAAAACAAGGACCCUAAGUUUUUCCAAGAAAGAGCUAUUUUGUGUCCAACAAAUGAGGAUGUUAAUAUGAUUAACGAGUACAUGCUGGAUAGACUUGCUGGUGAUGAGAAGAUCUAUAUUAGUGCUGAUAGUAUAGAUCCAUCAGAUAAAAUAUCUGUUAACAAUGAAGCAUUGGGUCCAGACUUCCUUAACACUAUCAAAGUUUCUGGUGUGCCAAACCAUAGCCUUAGACUCAAGGUUGGUUGUCCUGUGAUGGUUUUAAGAAACAUUGAUCCGUCUGCUGGUUUAAUGAAUGGAACAAGACUUCAGAUCACUGAACUAAUGGAUUUUAUGGUUCGAGCAAAGAUUAUAACUGGAGAAAAGGUGGGGCGGACAGUUGAUAUCCCUAGGUUGUCAAUAACACCAUCAGACACAAGAUUACCAUUUAAGAUGCGUAGAAGGAAAUUACCCUUGGCUGUGGCGUUUGCAAUUACUAUAAAUAAAAGUCAAGGUCAAUCAUUAUCUGAAGUUGGUAUCUUUCUCCCAAGACCCGUGUUUUCACAUGGACAGCUCUAUGUUGGUAUUUCAAGGGUUACAUCUAAAAACGGUUUGAAGAUAUUGAUUGUGGACAAAGAUGGGAAACCUCAGGCCAAAACUAUGAAUGUUGUGUUCAAAGAGAUAUUCAACAAUCUCUGACAUAUUCAGUGAUCAGGUAUGUGAUUUCCAUCUACUUGCGUGAUUGAGUGAGAAAGUUUUUUUAAAUAGUUUAUCUAUUCUUAUCAUGAUUCAGACACACAUGGAAUUCAAGAAGACUGGUUGAGAAGAUUGUCGUUCUAGACUCAUCAGUGUUUUGACGUUGUUUUGUUUUACAGAAGUUAAUUCUCAGGAUUAUGCCUUUUUUUAUUUGUUUCAAGAUUUUUUUUUUGUAUUUCGUAUUGUUACAUAAACAAUUAUUCGCAAGAAUCCUUAAAUUCAUUAUUAUUCAACCGUGACUAUACCGUAAACUAAAAUAUAUCGAAACAGUGUCUUUUCUAAUCCUAUAUGACCAAAUUUUUCAUGUAAAGUGAUACCAAUGACAUGUUCUGUUACCAAUAACUUCAAUCAAAAUUCUUCAAGCAAUCUCCAGUUACCCUCCUAACUACCAUUUUUCAGUUCC